AUGGAUGCUUUCCUGAGCCACGUCCACAGAGCCCGUUGGUUUCAAGACGAAUUCGGAGUAUAUCAGCUCCAGCUCCAAGUGCAUCUCUCUCGUUGCGCAAGAAUGAUCAGCGAAACGAACGGUACGGACGACGCUUUCCUCGACAGCUCGAUGUAUCAUGCAGCAACAAUAUCGCACCACCACGACACAACAAUGCUUGAAACCCUAUCUUCCAUCCAGGAGACGCUCCGCAGAGCGCAACGAGAAGCCGCCCAGAUCAGGGCCGAUCUCAUGAUACUAGCGGCCAGCGGCGAUCUUGAACAUUGCUCCACCAACGAUCCACGGAACCUCAAAACGAUGCGACUUCGAACCACAAACUUCCUCGACAAGCGAAAAACCCGAGCCGCAAGAAAUAUUGAAGCUUUGAAGUGGGCUUUUUACAAGAAGAAGAACUGCGACAAGUUCAUCUCUGAAAUAUCCGCCAUGCUUCUGCACCUUGAGCGCCAGGUCAACGUCACCUGGGAUGCCAGACUUCUGCUUGUUGCCAGCCCCUGGCACUUACACGAGGCGGCACACGGCAGCACAUGA